AUGAAGUUGGCCUCGUUAUCAGUUCCGUUUCGAGUAAUACGAAGGCUUUCCAAUAAAUCGCCUAAGGCAUUACUAGUUCCACCAUCUUUGAAAUGUAAUCCUGUACGGGAGAUCGUAUUCAAAAUGCACAACAUCAGGCCUUCUACAGUAAUGGGAUACUAUGUAGUGUAAGUAUACUUAGAAUUUAGGUUGUAGUUAUCUUGUGAUUGAGUUUACUUACAAACUUUAGUUUUCCUGCCAUUCCUGACGAAACUCCCGAGAACAAUGUCUUCCUCGCGAAUAUUGCACAAAAUGCAGAUUGGCCAGCUCUGAAAACAGCAACAGGUAACGAUUUAAUUGAACAAACUGAAUAUUAACACCUUUUGAUAACGUUAACUCUUAUAUUGAUUUAGCAAAGGAAAUGUACGAGGGUACGGUAAGAUUAUUAAUGGAGCACGGGGCUACAGUAAUGGAACAUUUGCAACUUUUGGAGAAAGGUAAUUAUUAUGAUUGCUGUCUUUUUAUUGUUUGGUAUUUUGAGUCUAGUUAAUCUGAAAGUGACGACAAUACAAUGGAUUGUAGAGUGAUUUUUAGAUAAAGACAUGCCUCGAACUUUUGAGACAGUUUUGGAGCCAUUGCUGACAGAAUUGUACGAGAUCGACUACGCUUUCAACACACUCUUAGUCAAAAUGUUAACAGAAUGGCCAGAAUGUUCUACUAGGGCAUUUGAUAUGGACUUUGAUCAUGUAAGUUACUGUAAAGGAGUUAUUAUUGGGUUCUUUGCAUUUUUGGAUACAAAGUAUUUUUGCUACCUUUCAUAAGGUAUGUUUACACAAAAGAGAAUACUUAGGUUGUCUUAAUAAAUAUAAAGUAAACUGUUAUUUUACAGUUGAAAGUAAUGGUAGCUCGUGAGCACAUGGAGAAGCUGACCGAUCCAGAAUUCCAAAAAGCCCUACAAACUGUCUACGACAACCAGCAAGAUCUGGAGCCGUGGAAGGCGCGACUGGUUGAGUGGUACCUUCUCGAAAUCAAGGCUACUGGCUUGGACAAAUCAGAUCAGAAGACGAGGAGUAUCAUUGGCAGUUGGUCUAAAAUGAUUGACGAGUACAGAUCUAAAUACAUGUAAGUGAUACCUCAAUAUGCCAAUGAGAAACUUUGUAUUUUACAUUGAAUAUCCAGUAAUUUUUCAGAACUAACAUCUUAUCGACGAACGACCAAUGUGUGUUUGGACUAAUGGAUCACCAAGUCAAAGAUGCUCCACCACACAUUUUAAGGCAGUUGUCGACAAGGUAAGCCUUUCCUUUAACAUUAUAUACUUUUACGCUAAGCAAAACAACCCAAGGCCCUUACCGAGCACAAAUGGAACCUACUUCAAUAUACUCUCUGUUGGGAUACUGUAGUGACAGACCAAUACGAGCACAAGCAUGGGAUCGGUGGAUAUCUAGGGCCUCUUUCGAGCACGACUUCUACAACAACUCUGUCAAUGUCGAGGAAUUAAGACACAACGCGUACGUAACAGUUACUGGAUGACAUAUUUUGUAGAUUUUCUAAUUUUACUCUUAGGUUAUUUAUUGUGAGAGUUCUAGAUUAAUAUGGAGUUAGACAUGGUGUUUCGUUAAGGAUUUAUUUUUGUUUAAAAAAUUAAUUUUAGUGAAGGAUUAGCCAAGACUCUCGGCUACUCGUCAGUAUCAGAACAUCGCCUAGCUAACAAGAUGGCUGGAUCUCCAGAAACUGUCAGAAACUUCCUGAAAGAGUAAGUGCCUUUACUUUAUGUCACAUUUGGUGUUUAGACUAACUCAUCGGAUGCGACCGGUCUUUAUCGACCGAAUGGACUCCUGGCAACGAUACGCCGCGGCUAGGGAAAUGAUAACAGGUCAAUUACAACCAUUCGACUUGUUUUACAUUGCCAGAAAGGAAGCUCUGGAACAUUACAGUGUAGAUCAUCUGGAGCUGAUGAAGUACUUCCCCUUCUGGGGCACUUUCAACAACCUCACGCAGAUGUUACAGUACUUGUUGAAAAUACAGUUCCAGGUAUGCCUUUACUCUUGUUUUCGUACUAAAAGUCGCAAGAUUGCGACGUUUCUAUGUGUGACAACUAUAAUACAUUAUUUAGGAUGUGACAGAUCAAGAAUUGCAAAGAUGUCAUCCGUCAUGUAAAGUGUUUUCCGUAAGUGAUACACACACUGGAGAACACCUCGGUCGUCUUUACAUGGAUCCAUUUGCCAGAGAAGGAAAACGAGGAAAAUGGAACACUUUUCUCGGAAGACGUAAGUUAUUCCAGCAGUAAGGUGCAUUCGGAUAAUUAUGUGAAGUCUUACAUUUAACCAAUUUAAGCUACAUCGCAAGAAAGAGGCUUGGACAAGAUCGUGUACAUGAUUGGAAAUGCAGAGGAACCAGUUGGAGAAGGGGAAUCUCUGCUUCAUUACUCACAAAUACAACAACUUCUGUUCCACGUAGGUGUUUAGGUCUAUAUUUAAUUGUCGAAUUACAUGUGCUAUACUCAGAAGUUACACCUAUUAUAAAUUACAAAGUUUCCUUUACUAAAAUCUGACAAUUUAGAUGGGAAGAGCAGUCCAAAUGUUGUUGAGCAGGUCUCCUUACCGAGAACUAGUCAUUCCAAUGGCCCCAAUGUACGCUUCUGAUUGGGACGCUGCUGAUAUGCUUCCCAAGUUCGUCGAGUUCUUCAUCUACAAGCCUAACAUGGUGGCGGCUCUCAGCUGUCCUCACGUUGAAACGGGCGAGACACUGACUAGUGAACAUUGUAAUAACGUAUCAUGGGCCCUUCAGAGGUCGAUAUUGUGGGAGUCGUACAGAACCUUAUUCUGGGCUGACUUCGACCUGACAUUGUUCGAAAUGGAAGACAGAAAGUAAGUCAUAUUCAAUAUAGGGUAAUAUUAUGAGAACUUCAAAUGAUAAAACUUAAACUUUUUUGUCUUUCAGGAAAGGAUUCUGGCUAGAUGUAUACAGGAAAAUGUACAAAGACUAUUUUGUGUUUAACAGAGAAAAGAACAACUACCAGCCCUGCUCCUUCACCCCCGUCUUUGCUAUGCCCCCAUACAUGUCCAUGUAUUACCGUAAACUGUGGGCAGAGAUGUUGGCUUUGGAUGUCCACGAGACCUUUAACCACGAACAGCAAGAAGAAGUGACAGGAGAACGUCUGAAGAAGACUAUACUUUAUCCAGGAGCUAGUGAGCUUCAAGGGGAGUUAUACCGUCGCUUCCAAGGCCGUGACCCCAGUGUGGGAGCCAUCUGCGACUUCUACGAUCCUCCAGCGAUAGAUUUGUCAGAAGAGGACCAAAGCCUUUAA